AGGAAGGGAAGGGGGCUGUGGUUAACCCAGGUGUGGGGAGAGAGGUUUGAGGUCAUGGGGGGACGCCGAGCUCCCCUAAAGUGCCACCUUCUCAGCAGACCCCCAGGAAUCGACCCAUCAGGACGACAGAGCUGCCUCAGCGGUGACCACCUUCUCCCCACAACAUAUUCUUCCCUCCUUCACAAACGGUCCAUGGCAGACAAAGGCUCCGGGGGCAGUCGCCUCCCCCUGGCGCUGCCUGCAGCAUCUCAGGGUUGUUCGUCAGGGGGCAGUGGCUCUUCAGCAGGGGGCUCGGGCAAUCCCCGGCCCCCACGCAACCUCCAAGGCUUGCUGCAGAUGGCCAUCACGGCGGGCUCUGAGGAGCCAGAUCCCCCUCCAGAACCCAUGAGUGCGGAGCGUCGUCAAUGGCUGCAGGAGGCCAUGUCAGCCGCCUUCCGAGGCCAGCGAGAGGAGGUGGAGCAGAUGAAGAGCUGUCUCCGAGUGUUGUCCCAGCCCACGCCGCCCAUGGCUGGUGAAGCUGAAUUGGCUAAUGACCAGCAGGAGCGUGAGGGGGCCCUGGAGCUGCUGGCUGACCUGUGUGAGAACAUGGACAAUGCUGCAGAUUUCUGCCAGCUGUCAGGCAUGCACCUGCUGGUGGGCCGGUACCUGGAGGCGGGGGCUGCAGGGCUGCGGUGGAGGGCGGCUCAGCUCAUCGGGACGUGCAGUCAGAACGUGGCGGCCAUCCAAGAGCAGGUGCUGGGCCUUGGGGCCCUUCGCAAGCUGCUGCGGCUGCUGGACCGGGAUGCCUGCGACACGGUACGCGUCAAGGCCCUCUUCGCCAUUUCCUGUGAGUGUCCCAAGUUGGUCAGCAAGGCCUGGGUGGCUUCUCGGGUGGGCAGGAGUGGAGAGGACCUGCCCCUGCUGCCGUGCAUGCUGGGCAGGGCCUGGCCUCUGCUCAGGUCGCCCUUCUCCCCCGCCAUGCAGGAGGAGCUGGAGUUCUGUGAAAAGCUGCUGCAGACCUGUUUCUCCAGCCCUACGGAUGACAGCAUGGAUCGGUGAAAGGAGGUGGCUUCUCACCCUUCUCCGCGGAGCCCCAGGCCUCCUGCCUCCCUCCCUCCCACCUGAGGCACUGUAGCCUUGUCGAGCCUGGGCCUGGGGCAUGCCAGGCUGUCUCUGGGCUGCCCCCUGGAGGGGUUGCCAAGAAAGGCUUUGGCUCCUGGGAUCCCCACCUCCCGUGCUUGCUCGCCCUCAGCCCCUUUCUCAUGUCUGCACUGCUCUUCCAAUAAAGGUGUUUCUCCUCCUCCCCCUUCACUGCCACCUUUGUCACCUCCUUUAAAGGGUGCUUGGGGGAGGGCAGGAGAGGCAUGAGCUUGGGGAGACUUGGGGAGCCACUGGAGAGAUAAUAAAGGUGUUGCUGUUUGACCUGCA